GUUUUUGCUGUCAGUCGUCACCCACCACUCCCGAUCUCGUGUUCGACACCGCCGGGCUGACGUCGGCCGCAUUUGACCGUGUUCUGUCGUGUUGUCGACGUGCUGCCUUGUAGCCUUCGUAAACGUGUGAGCUCCCGUGACUGUAAACCACCUCAUUGUGGUGUGGUUCCGACCAAAUACGUGCCGUAUUUUUGAGUUUCUUCUUAUAAUAUACAUACAAUGUAUAUAAAUAUUUUCAAGUUGCGUUUUUUAUGUCACCGCUUCUUCGGGUGCGAUACUCCUUUUUGAUUUGAUUACGUCGAACAUUCGGUUAAAUUGUUUGACGUCGUUCAUUUUAUCGGAUCGACCGUCUAAUUGUAUUGUCGUCCAUACGAGUCCGGUCGCGCGUCAUCUGUGUAGCCGUUGUAUCGUAUAUAAAUAUAUUUAUUAUAUUACGACGAGUGUAUUGCAGCGGGUGGAUAAAUAUGGAUGCAGGUAUUAAAGUAGAGCGGCCUCCACAUCCUAGGGCUAAUGCUAAUUUUUUCGAAAUCCUCACCUUUGGAUGGAUUUUGAAACUCUUUCAAAUAGGAAAUAAAAGAGAUUUAGAGAUAAAUGAUUUGUAUUCAACUCUUAAUGAUCAUUUGUCGUCAUCAUUAGGGAAUGAACUAGAAAAGAAAUGGAGAAUAGAGUUGGCUAAAGCCAAAAAGUCAAAUAGACAUCCUAGUUUGUUAAGCGCUUUACUUCAAAUGUUUGGACCUAAGUGGAUUUUGUACGGAUUUUUACUCUUGAUUAUCGAAACUUUAUUAUGUGUUUGCCAGUCAAUAUUUCUGGGUUGUAUAAUCGUACGAUUUGAAUCAGAUAUGCCACAAGAUCAGUCUUCUCAAUAUCUUGGGAUAUUUUAUGGAUUUUGCUUGGUCAUAGCCAUUGUAUUGAAAACUAUGGGUUUCAUUGCCUACGAUAUGCUUACGGCGCAUAUGGGCAUGAAGAUGCGUGUAUCUACAUGUUUUCUAAUUUAUAAUAAGGCAUUACGACUAAGUAAAUCUGCUCUCAGUAAAAUCACAGUGGGUCAUAUAGUAAAUUUGUUGUCCAACGAUGUAAAUCGAUUUGACACAGCAAUAAUGCGAAUACAUUACCUAUGGAUUAGUCCCAUACAAACAAUUGUGUUCACAUAUUUUUUGUGGCAAGAAGUAGGGGUAUCGUCAAUAAUUGGUGUUGCUGCAAUAAUUAUAUUUAUUCCAUUUCAAGUUUGGUUGGGAAAAAAGACUUCAGAACUUCGACUGAAGACUGCCAUCAGAACAGACGAAAGAGUAGGUUUGAUGAAUGAAAUAAUUUCAGGCAUGCAAGUAAUUAAAAUGUAUACUUGGGAAAAACCAUUUCAAUCCCUUGUACAAUAUGCAAGAAAAAAGGAAAUUCAACAAAUUAGAGGCGCCUUUUAUAUCAGAAGUGUUUUGUUAUCGUUCAUGACAUUUCAUACUAGAAUCGCACUGUUUUCUUGUAUUAUAUUAUAUAAUUUACUUGGAAACUUAAUCACUGCUCAAAAAGUUUUUGUUAUAACUUCAUACUACAAUAUACUGCGAUUAACAAUGACAUUAUAUUUCCCACAAGGUAUUGGUCAAAUAUCAGAAUUGUUUGUCUCCAUUAAAAGACUGCAGAAUUUUUUAUUGUACGAAGAAAAGAAUAAUCAAGUAGCCAAUCGUUCAAAAGCUGACAAGGCUUCAAAUGGUGUUAAAAAACUAAAUAUUAUUAAUGACGAGGUGUCACUUAAUAAACUUGAUAAUCUAGAUGAAUCUGAAAACUUGAGUGAUUUAGGAAUAUUUAUUUCCAAUGCUACAGCUAAGUGGACCGAUAUUCAAACUGAAAAUUCUUUUGAAAAUAUCAAUCUAACUGUCAGGCCUGGUCGAUUAGUCGCGAUUAUCGGACCUGUCGGAGCUGGAAAAAGUUCAUUAAUACAAGCAAUAUUAAGAGAAUUACCUCUUUCCGAAGGAAACAUUUCUGUGCAUGGUGUUGUAUCAUACGCAUCACAAGAACCAUGGUUAUUUGCUGGUUCAGUUCAGCAAAAUAUUCUAUUUGGUUUGCCUAUGGACAAAGAACGUUAUAAAAAAAUUAUAAAUGUAUGUGCAUUAAAAACCGAUCUUGAACAAUUUCCUUACAGCGAUAGAACAAUUGUGGGAGAAAGAGGUGUUUCUCUUAGCGGUGGACAAAAAGCCAGAAUUAAUUUAGCAAGAGCUAUUUAUAAACAAGCUGAUAUUUAUUUGUUGGAUGAUCCUCUAUCUGCUGUUGAUACACACGUUGGAAAACAUUUAUUUGAAAAAUGCAUAAAAGGUUACCUCAAAGAAAAGACUUGUAUUCUUAUUACUCAUCAGUUACAACACCUAACUAAAGUUGAUCAAAUCAUAUUAAUGGAAAAUGCAAAAAUUUUAGUUAAAGGCCCAUACGAUGAACUUCAAGCCUCUGGCUUAGACUUCACAAAGUUGCUCAAUUCUUCUGCAGAGACAACUGAUAUCUUUGAAAACGAAACUAUUAAAUAUACAAAUACUAGUAGUAUAAAUCCAAAAUCAAUUUUAUCACGGCAAGAUUCAGUUCAGAGUGUGGCAUCGUCUACCGCUGAUAUUCAACAUUACGGUAGUAUUGAAGAACCAAAUGAAGUUGCUGAAACUCGUUCGUCUGGGAAUUUUUCACUUGCUGUGUACUCAUCAUAUUACUCAGCUGCGGGAAAUGUUUUAAUUAAAAUAUUUUUACUAUUUAUGUUUAUUUUCACUCAAGUUUUGCUAUCUGGUGGAGAAUAUUGGAUAACAUUUUGGGUAAAUCUAGAAGAACACGUUUUUCAUUAUGCAAAUAAUAUAAAAAUCUAUAAGUUAACAGCCGAAGUUAAUAAUACAUAUACAUAUACGAAUAGUACUACAGCAACGAAUGAAAGAUCUGGUACCAUAUUGUGGUGGAACAUUUCAAGACAAACAUGUAUUAUUGUUUUUGCCAUUUUUAUAUUUUCUAUGAUAUUAUCUACACUCAUUACAUCUGCCAUGUUUGUAUCAGUUAGUAUGAAAGCAUCAAUGAAUUUACAUAAUAAGUUGUUUAAUGCUUUAACGAGAGCUACAAUGUAUUUUUUCAACACAAAUUCAUCUGGACGAAUUCUUAACCGAUUUUCUAGAGACAUAGGUGCUAUUGAUGAGAUGUUACCAAUUGCUUUAAUGGACUGUAUACAAAUUGGACUAGCAUUGUUGGGAAUAAUUAUUGUGAUUGGAAUUGUUAAUAUUUAUCUUAUGAUCCCAACAUUUAUUAUUGGAAUAGUAUUUUACAAACUCAGAGUUUUCUAUUUGUCAACUUCUCGAAGUGUCAAACGGUUGGAAGGAGUUACAAGAAGUCCUGUAAUUGCACAUUUGAAUGCAUCUCUUCAAGGUUUAACAACAAUAAGGGCAUUUGAAGCAGAACACAUUUUGUCUAAAGAAUUUGACAACCAUCAAGAUUUGCAUUCGUCAGCGUAUUAUUUGCUUUUAACUUCAAGUAGAGCGUUUGGUUUUUGGUUGGAUGUUGUAUGUCUUUCCUAUAUAAGUAUUGUAACAUUUAGUUUCCUAAAUAUUGGCAAUAAUACUUAUGCCGGAAAUGUUGGUUUGGCUAUAACUCAAGCAAUUGGGUUAACUGGUAUGUUCCAAUGGGGAAUGAGACAAGCAGCUGAAUUGGAAAACCAUAUGACGUCUGUUGAAAGAGUACUAGAGUAUACAAAUGUUCCUCAAGAAUCUGCUCUUGAAUCUCCUCCUGAUAAAAAACCACCAAAAGAAUGGCCUCAAAAAGGGCAGAUUAUUUUUAAAAACUUUUAUUUGCGUUAUAGCCCAGACACACCACAUGUAUUAAAAAAUCUCAACAUUAAAAUUGAAUCAAUGGAAAAAGUAGGAAUCGUUGGUAGAACUGGUGCUGGAAAAUCAUCUUUAAUUGGAGCAUUAUUUAGAUUGGCUCUAAAUGAAGGUUCUAUUUAUGUUGAUGAUCUGGAUAUCAAUGAAUUAGGACUACACGAAUUGCGUUCCAAAAUUUCCAUUAUACCACAGGAACCAGUUUUGUUUUCUGGUACAAUGCGAAAGAAUUUAGAUCCUUUCGAUGAAUAUCCAGACCAUGCUCUUUGGAAUGCUUUAGAUGAGGUUGAAUUAAAAGAUGUUAUUGAAGAUUUACCCUGUGGACUGAACUCAAAAAUGUCUGAGGGUGGAUCUAACUUCAGUGUUGGUCAAAGACAACUGGUGUGUUUGGCUAGAGCUAUAGUGCGAAAUAAUAAGAUUCUUGUGUUGGAUGAAGCUACUGCUAACGUUGAUCCACAGACUGAUGCAUUGAUUCAGAACACAAUUAGAAAUAAAUUUCGAAUGUGUACUGUCUUAACUAUUGCCCAUCGUUUGAAUACCGUUAUGGAUUCUGACAAAGUGCUUGUGAUGGACGCUGGUAAAAUGGUUGAAUUUGAUCAUCCUCAUAUCUUAUUGAAAAUCAAGGAUGGAUUUUUGUAUAAAAUGGUGGAACAAACCGGUAGGGAUACAGCAGAUUUCCUACAUAGUGUAGCUGCUGAGAGCUACAAUACUAUGCAGAGAACUAAAGAAUCCCCUAAUAGAUUAAGUGACGAAUAAGAUGACAACACAAUCAAAAAUGUCUAUUUAUGUAGAAAUAUUAUUAAUAGUCUUAUGAUACCUUGAAUAAAUACCGUAUUUUCUGUAAUUUCAAAGUA